AUGAAGUUUCUCAAUUUCUUCUGGAUCCCCAUCGCUGCGGUCCUAACCCUUGUGUUGGUGUUGAAUGGCUACGCAUAUUUCAACCAAGACAAUUUAAUCUUCGCAAAAGAAAAGAUCAAUCCCGAUGCAAUCCGUCCCUAUGGCAGUCACUUUGAGGACGUAUACCUAGAUAUGGACGACGGGAGAAAAUUUAAGUGUUGGUUUGUAAAAGCGGAAGACCACGAAAACAAACCUGUGUUCCUUUACUACCUCGGAAAGGGUGGCUACGUCGAGAAGUAUGUCAAAUUGUUCGACAUGAUUGUGCAAAGGGUGGACGUGAGCAUCUUCUCAUGCUCCAACAGGGGCUGUGGAACCAAUGAAGGAACUCCGUCUGAGGAACAAUUGUACAAGGAUGCCCUGGUGCCCCUCAACUAUCUGAAGAAGAAACAGACGAAGCAGCUCUUCAUUUUCGGAAACUCCAUGGGAUGCGCAGUGGCCCUCGAAACGGCAUCCAGGCACCAGAAGGACAUUCACGGCGUGAUCCUAGAAAACCCAUUUCUCACCAUUAGGAAAAUGUCGGAGCAAAACUACCCCUUCUUAAAUUUCUUCCUCUUAAAUUAUGAAAUUUUGAUUAGAACCAAAAUGGACAAUGAAGAGAAAAUAAAAAGAUUACACGUUCCUCUGCUGAUUAACACAUCAGGAAUGGACGAACUAGUCCCCCCUGAGCACUCGAGGAUAUUAUUUGAGUUCUGCCCGAGCAAGUACAAGUUUAGGUACGUGUCGAAGAAAGGGACCCACAACAACAUAAUAAAGGGCGAUGACGGUUCGUAUCACGCGUCGUUGAAGAAGUUCGUCCAAACAGCAAUCUCUGUGCGCGAGGGGAAAGCAGAACGACAGAUACAGCCACCACCCCCAGCAGCGGCGUAG